UUGUCACUCUGGAUAAGAGCGUCUGCCAAAUGCCAGAAAUGUAAAUGUAAGUGUAAGGUUGAAAUCAAGGUUGAAAUCAGCUUCUGCUUCAGCGUUGUUGUAGUCAAUACAGAGGAAUCCUCAGUGCACAUGAGCUACUUGGUUGAGUCAUGCCCUCAGGCCUUUCUGCCUCUGAGUCGCUCUGCCCUCACGCCAUGAACAAAAUGUCCCUGCUGAGCGAAGACAACAAGCUGAUAGAUAAGAACCAAGUGGAGGAGGAGGAGAGCGUCCUAGAGAGGAACUGGAUCCGUCCAGAUCUGUCCAGCAGGUGCACAUGGCGGCUCGGGGAGCCGAACACGAACUCUCCUCACAUGCACACAGAACGGACGAAGACUCCCAGCAUUCUGCCCAACAUCCUGAGACACAUCGGAAACACGCCACUGGUUCGCAUCAACAAGAUUCCCAAAAUGUUCGGGGUGAAGUGUGAGAUCUUGGCUAAGUGUGAGUUUUGUAGUGCCGGAGGCAGUGUGAAGGAUCGCAUCGCCGUCCGUAUGGUGGAGGACGCGGAGAGAGACGGCAUCCUCAAACCCGGAGACACCAUCAUCGAGCCUACCUCUGGAAACACAGGUAUCGGUCUGGCCCUGGUUGCGGCAGUAAAAGGUUACCACUGCAUCAUUGUCAUGCCUGAGAAAAUGAGCAUGGAGAAGGUGGACGUGCUGCGUGCUCUCGGAGCCGAGAUCGUCCGGACCCCGACCGCUGCCCGUUUUGACUCUCCGGAGUCUCACGUGGGCGUGGCCUGGCGCCUGAAGAACGAGAUCCCCAACUCCCACAUUCUGGAUCAAUAUCGUAACGCCAGCAACCCGCUGGCUCACUACGACAACACAGCCGAGGAGAUCCUGGAGCAGUGUGACGGUAAAAUAGACAUGCUGGUGGGCGGAGCUGGUACAGGCGGGACCAUGACUGGUGUUGCACGCAAGCUGAAGGAAAAAUGCCCAAAUAUACAGAUUAUUGGUGUGGACCCUGAGGGCUCGAUCCUAGCAGAGCCAGAGCACCUGAAUGAAACAGAUAAGACCCAGUACGAGGUGGAGGGAAUCGGACACGACUUCAUCCCCACCGUAUUGGACAAAUCUGUGAUUGACGAUUGGUGCAAGAUUGAGGAUGAGGAGUCCUUUAACAUGUCACGCAUGCUCAUCCAACAGGAAGGACUGCUGUGUGGUGGUAGUUCAGGAUCAGCCAUGUCUGCAGCAAUGAAGAUGGCGAAGGAGCUGAAGGAAGAUCAGCGCUGUGUGGUCAUCCUCCCCGACUCACUUCGGAACUACAUGUCCAAAUUCCUCAGUGACAAGUGGAUGUGUGAAAAAGGCUUUCUGAGAGAGGAGGACCUGAUGGUCAACAAACCUUGGUGGUGGAAUCUGACUCUACAGGAGCUGCGCCUCUCUGCCCCUCUAACAGUUCUGCCAUCUGUCAGCAUUAAAAACACCAUAAAGAUCCUGAAGGACAAGGCGUUUGACCAGGCUCCUGUAGUCGACGAGGCUGGAAUGAUUGUGGGGAUGGUCACCCUGGGUAACAUGCUGUCCUCUGUACUCGCUGGGAAGGUCAGUCCUUCGGACCCCGUCAACAAAGUCCUGUAUAAGCAGUUCAAACAGGUUCAUCUGACAGAUAACCUGGGUAAGCUCUCCAGGAUCCUAGAGACGGACCACUUUGCCCUGGUGGUGCACGAUCAGAUCCAGUACCUGACAGACGGCUCGUCAGCUCUGAAGAAGAUGGUGUUUGGCAUCGUCACGGCCAUCGACCUGCUGAACUUUGUGACCACUCGCGAGAGGAGAGAGCGCACGCUGUCCGAGUCCUCGCUCCCCGAUGACAUGUAGUUGACCUCUGACACACACACACACACACACAAUUUGGAUUUACAAACAUAACAGUAAACCUUACAUCUUUAUGUACUUGGUUUCUGUUUCUUUCUAACGCGAGUACACAUGAGCUUAAAGCUGCAGUCUGUAAUCUAAUAACAAAUCUAGUAACAAAUUUAUAGUUUUAAAGUUGUAUCACAAACCUGGGGGUUACAGAGCCAGCCAGAACAGUUGCAGCUUAUCUACACUUCUUUUUUCCCUUAAAAGGAAAUAAGAUGUGUUGAUUUUUUUUUCAGUGUUUUCACCUCAGUAGAAGCUGGUCAGUGUUACACACUGCUCCAGAAACAAGCACAUAGCUGUUAGAAAUCCAAUCCAGAGUAUAUUACUGUUUCCUGCCAAAUACUGAGCGCAUUGUGACGACUCGCUUUAUUCUCAGUGAUAUGUGAAUGUUGUCAACUUCUGGCUCUUCUGGCGUUCUGUAUGAGGCUCGACCGCCACCUGGUGGCCAGAUGGGAUCACUGCAUAAUAGCCAAAGAAUACAACUGCUAUAAAAUGUUCCUGUAUUAUUGUUGGACUAUUGAUGCUUUGGCCUUGUCUAAGGAAAACGGAUAGUUUUACUUCUUCUUCUUCUUCUUCUUCUUCUUCUUCUUCUUCUUCAUCUUUCACUUGUCAGUUUAUUAUAAAACUGCGUGUAAGAUGGUUUGAAUGUAAAUAAGGGCAGGUGUAAGGUAAAAGGUGAUCAGGUUCAUGCUGUGAAUGUUAAUCUCGUAAUGUUAAUGAAUGCUUCAACCUCCACCUCUUUUCUUUUAAACUCAUUUACUUCAUACGAUCUGCUUCUUUUCUUUUCUUUUCUUUUUUUCUUGGAGGUAUUUU